GAGUGAGAGCAGAAGAUGCCAGCCAUUCUGGGGGUCUCCAAGAUGAAGUCGGGACUUCCCAAGCCCAGACCCGUCCACAGCACCCUGUCCACCUCUCAGAAGAACGCUGCUGUUGCCUGGACAGACAGGUCCCACAGACUCAGCCAGCCCAGCCUCAUCCCCCUCAAAGCCCCGAUUAAACCCCCCCUUAAAGCCCCCCUCAGACCCGGGCAUGGGCAAAGGCAGGGGCAGGGCGAGGGGCCACAGUCUAAAAAGACAACCAGGAAAGGAGAGGACCCUCAGAUCUACACAGAUUGGGCCAAUCACUACCUCUCCAGGUCUGGUCACAAGCGCUUGGUGAGGGACCUGCAACAUGAUGUCACCGAUGGAGUACUGUUGGCUGAGAUCAUACAGGUGGUCGCCAAUGAGAAGAUAGCUGCCAUUAAUGGAUUCCCCAAAAGCCAAACUCAGAUGAUCGAGAAUGUGGACACGUGUCUGUGUUUCCUGGCCAGUAGAGGGGUUAACAUCCAGGGUCUGAGUGCUGAAGAGAUCUGCUGUGGGAACCUGACGAGCAUUCUGGGAUUGUUCUUCAGUCUGUCGAGGUACAAGCAACAGCAGCAGAAGGUUCUGAAGCAGAACUCUCACCCAGCCACAGCCCGGGAUCACCUCAGCCCCAGUCCCAGCCCUGUGCGCCGCACCACCACCCCUACCCAGACUGGGCCCCAUGGGACAGCAGCCUGCACCCAGAUCCGGACCCAAUCUCAGCUCCAAGACCAUCUGAACAGCUGCACUGUCCCAGCUCAGGGUGUAGCAGCAGACAUGCUGUCCAGACUGCCAGCCCCCACCACGCGUAUGUGUGGCCCGGGCAGUGAGGGUCAACCCAGGGGUUCCCCAUCUUCCUCAGCCUCCAAUAACCGUCGCAGUCAAAGCUUCCACAUCUACGACAAGCCCCGACCCGGCACACACACAGCCAGCAGCAGUUGUGACAGAGAGAGAAGCACCACCGCCUCUCCUAUCAUGACAGAGCUGGCUCCAUCUCCAGCUCCCUCUUCCUCCUCCUCCUCUUCCUCCCAGGCCAAUGCAAGCAUCAGCAGCAAGGCCUGGAGAAGCAAGUCCCUUAGCGCCAAGCACAGCUCCACCUCCACCCUGCUCUCCGUCAAACAGGACCUUCCGCCCUGCCAAGCCCCGCCCCCACAGGCAUCGCCACGUCAGGCCCCCCUGGAGGUGCCCUCCAAGGUCAUCGCUCAGAAGUCCAUGCUGGAGAAACUGAAGCUGUUCAACAGUAAGUCAGGCUCCAAGGGAGGAGGCGGCAGUGUGGGUGCCAGGCCAGAAACCCCACCAGGCCUGGACCCAGAGAGGGGGCAGAGGGGCCAGAGCUGCCCCGGCCUAGAGCUACACCUGGAGGUGGAGGGCAACUCCAGGCCCCCCAGCGCCAUAGCGAGACCCACCACCCCCACCUCUACCUCCUCCACCGCCUCAAGCCCUAAGCUGGCCCUGAAAGGCAUUGCUCAGAGGACCUUCAGCCGAGCCCUCACCCCCAGAAGGAGCUCCCUGAAGCCUGGGGAGAAGGACAAGGCCAGGCCCAAGGAGAGGGACAAGGCAGGGGGGAGCUCCAGGGCCGGAGGGGGCAGCCCCAGGGCCGGGCCUGGGCCUGAGGAAGAGGGACCUGGGGAGGGGGCCAGGCUGGUGGGGGUGGGCUCUGAGGCAGAGAAGAAGAACACCACGAUCUCCAGUCUCAUCCCGAAGGGUGGUAAGAUCGGCAGCACUAAGAAGGAGAGCUUGAGUCCCAGCUCAACCCUGGCCGGGACUGGCAUCCCCAAACCUGGAGGCAAGGCAGGGAAGGCUCCCUCUGGUGGCAGAGACGGGGAACUGCGGGGGAGAGUGAGAGCCAGCAGUGGGCUGUCUGUCCACAGGGCUCAUCUAGAGAGCAGGAGCUCCAGCCCUUGUUCUAGCCUGGGCUCCUCAGAAAGCCGGUGUCCCCACCAACCCAGUGGGGCUGCAGUGCCCCUGGUGGCCAGUGACGGCGCUACGCUGAUGACCUCCAGCAUCCAGCUGCCUCGUCCUGAGCAGCUCCACAGUCACCCCAACACCGCCACGGUGGCUCCCUUCAUGUACAGGUCUCAGCCAGACGUUACCGGGGCGAUAUUCUUGGAGGCAGGAGCACAGGAGGGGAAUGGAAGGCCUGUAGCUUUCAGCCAAUCAGCACACAACUCUCUAGAGGACCUCACAGGUGAGGAUCCGGAGGCCCGUCGCUUGCGGACGGUGAAGAACAUCGCUGACCUAAGGCAGAACUUGGAGGAGACCAUGUCCUGUCUGAGAGGAACGCAGAUCAGCCACAGCACUCUGGAGACCACCUUUGACGACAGCGUAACCACGGAGAUCAGCAGAGGGGGAAAGGCAAUCCUCAACAUGCCCCCUCGCCCAGCCUCCACGUUACCGUGGCGACUGGGUGCGUCCAGCCCCCGUCUCCAGGCGGGCGAUGCCCCUUCAACAGUAGGCAGCUAUGGGGUGGCGGCGGGGGGUGGAGUUAGUCGCGUUCCGACCCCUAAGGGGGGGAAGUACCUGCGGAGGCCCUGGCCAGCGGGGCGGGACAUAGGUGACAUCACCCCCGACCACGCCCUCCUCUUGGCAGAUAAGAUGGAGGAGCUGGAGGGUAUCACCGUGGAGACAACGGGGUACGUUAGCGACGGGGAACUGCUGGGGAAGAACGCCAGGAUGGAUCACAUGACUAGCGGCUACAUGACGGACGGAGGGGUGGGUAUAUACACACAGCGUCCGGCCAACAAAGAGGUGCUCCAGCACACCACUACGAGCCCCGCAGACACAGACAGUUGGGACGACAGCAGUUCAGUCAGCAGCGGAAUCAGUGACACCUUCGACACUGAUGACAUCACCAGCUCGUCCGUCAGUUCCUACAUGACCACUCCGUGUGUCAUCUCCAAAGACAUCCAGGUGUCACCUAUACACACGCAGCUCCAAACAGACGUUCAGAAGCACAGCACCGUGGACUGCAACGCCGUGUGGCCCGGAGCAGAGGUCAAGAGGUCAGACGGGGGGUCAGACAGCGGGGUGAGGAUGGAGCCAGGCUCCAGAUGGGGCCGCCAUCCUUCCGACUUGUCUGACGAAUCAGAUCGCAGCUCGACGGGCCGCCGGACGCCAUCCCACACUGCAUCCUGGAGGCGGGGCAUGAGCGCCCAGGUGGGAGUGACCUCAGCCAGGGCCACGGCGCCCAUCGUCACGGCAAACAACGGCUCAUUGAAGAGUCAUGGGACAGGUAAGACGGACGAUGCCAAGGUGUCGGAGCGAGGCUGUCUUUCUCCACGUCCCAACGGCCUCCAGCGCUCGCCUUCUGACAUGCCCGGAGGCACCCCUGCCAACGAUGCCAAGAAGCCACCCUCCUCCUCCCGCACCCCCACUGCCACUAACACCUUUGGCUUCAAGAAGAACGGGGGAGCGCUCACCAUGAUUACAGCCGGCGGAGUCACCAUGGUUACGGCCAGCGGGGUGACCAUAACCAGUGGCUCGGCCACCCUGGGGAAGACUCCCAAAUCCUCCCUCCCGCUGGGGGGUCAUGGGGUUCGGACCCUGGGCCGCCAAACUAGCGUGGACGACGGCUACCUCUCUGCCAGCGGCCGGCACUCCACCCUCCAGUACCGAAGCCUGCCCAGGCCCAGCCGGUCCUCCGGCACUGGGGCCGUUAACGGGAGCCGUGGCAGUGCCACCCUCCGCUCCCCCAGCGGCUCCAUGGACCCCAGCCGCUCUACCACACUUCAGGGGUCGAGGGGUCGCGGAGGCGUGGCCAAGACCAGCACGUUGGCCAAUCAGACAGACAGGGAGAAAGGCGUGUCUGUGGAGGGUGGGUUGACCCCCCAGGGCAUGGGGACACUGACCCCCCAGGGAGGCAGGCAGACGGGGGGAAAGUAUGCAGACGUGUCGUCCCCCACCCUGCGCAGGCUGUUUGGUGGAGGUGUGAAGCCCGGGAAACAAGCCCCAGUCACCACCAUGGAGAACAUGAAGAACUCCACAGUCAUCUCCAACCCUCACACCAGCUCUGUCCAGCAGGGCGGCGCUCUGGAGUCACCCUCUGCUUCGGCAAGCAGCAGCAGCCCUCUCUACGGGGUCGGUGGUGGGGCAGGAGGCCGGGGUGGUUUGGAGCCCACUCUGUCCCCCCUGGCCUCCAGUCCUGGGUCGGCCCUCUCUACGCCCUCCCAGUCCCACAGCCUGGCCUGGAGUCCAGCCAGCCCCAGCCCCAGCCUUGGGUACCCAGGGGGAUACCCCUCCCUGGGCAGCCUAGCCACCAGCACUGAGUCUAUGGAUGUGUCCCUGGUCAGUGCAGGAGGAGGGGUAGUGGGGGGGCACCAUGGAGGGGCCAGGGAUGAGGGGCCAGCUGGCUGUGUGAGGAACAAUGGCGUCAGGACUGGCUACUCAGACAGCCCCCUGUCCUCCCCUUCAGCUAGUCCCAAAUUCAGUCGCAACACGUUACCUAGGAAACAGGACAGGUAUGCCCAUCUGCCGGCACUGAGGGGCCAUGAAGAGCCUCGUGAUUGGCUGCGCUCCCACUCAGCAGGAGGUCUUCAGGACUCUAGCUCCUCCUUCUCCCAGGGCUCCAGCCUCUCCUCACCCUCUGGCUCUCGCUUCAACUUUUCUCAGCUCGGAAGUCCUAUCGCUGCGGCCCACAUGACCCUGGGAAACCUUCGCAGCACCAACGGGCUAGCCAAUCAGGAGGGAGCCAACGAGCCAUCCAGCGAUACUGGUCUCAGGAGCUCCUGCAUGUCCCUGGAGGAGAGGAGCAGGACCAUGAGCAGCUCCACUUCCUUCCGAGACGGGCUGGAGGAGGUCCAUGGAUCAUCUCUGUCCCUGGUGUCCAGCACCUCUUCUGUCUACUCCACACCUGAAGAGAAGUCUCAGUCAGAGAUUCGUAAACUGAGGAGGGAGCUGGAGGCUUCUCAGGAAAAGGUAUCGACUCUGACGACACAGCUCAGCGCUAAUGCCCACCUGGUUUCAGCGUUUGAGCAGAGUCUGGGGAACAUGACCAUCAGGCUACAGAGUCUCACCACCUCCUCAGAGCAGAAGGACUCUGAGCUGGGUGAGCUGAGGAAGACCAUUGAGUACCUGAAGAAGCAGAACUCAGCGGCCCAGGCCGCCAUUAACGGAGUCAUCAACAGCCCAGAGCUCACCUGCACCACUGACGCCCCCACGCCAGGUGGUAUGAGCCCGCAGUCCCCCCAGUCUGAGCUGCGUAUCCACAGGCAGCACUCCUCAGACAGUGUGUCCAGCAUCACCAGCGCCACCAGCCAGUCCAGCCUGGGCAGCAGCCUGGACCUGGAUGCCAAGAACAAGAAGAAAAAGAAGAACUGGCUCCGUAGCUCGUUCAAGCAGGCCUUUGGGAAGAAGAAGUCUCCCAAGUCUGCCUCAUCUCACUCAGACAUGGAGGAGAUGCUAGACUCCUCCCUGCCCUCCUCCCCCAAGCUGCCCUACCAUGCCUCCACCACCUCCACCCCUGCCCUCAGGACCUCACUCUCCAACUCUCUGAUCUCAGAGAGUGUGGACAGUGAGGCAGAGAUGGUAAUGCAACUGCGUAGUGAGCUGAGGGAGAAAGAGAUGAAGCUAACAGACAUCCGUCUGGAAGCUCUCAGCUCUGCCCACCAGCUGGACCAGCUCCGGGAGUCCAUGAACCGCAUGCAGGUGGAGAUGGAGAGGCUGCAGCAGGAGAAUGAGCGUUUGAAGACAGACAGUCAGGGCUCCUCAGGUCCCUCUCAGGCCGCCAUAGUCUCGCCCUUAAACAACCAAUCACAGCACACCCUCGGCCUCACAGAGUCCACCAGCUUAGACAUGCUGUUGGAGGACAAUGGGGAGGGCUCCUCCAGGAAGGAGGGGAGACACGUCAAGGUGGUGGUCAGUUUGGACCAGGAUGCCACGUGGAGAGAGGAGGGCAGGCAUCGCCAGUUCCUGAUUGGUUGCAUUGGUGUCAGUGGGAAGACCAAAUGGGACGUUCUAGAUGGAGUGGUUCGACGCCUCUUCAAGGAGUACAUCAUCAAUGUUGACCCGGCGGGCCAGCUGGGUCUGGGCUCAGACAGUGUUUUGGGCUACAGCAUCGGAGAAGUCCAGAGGACCAGCGGCACCGACACCCCAGAACUGCUGCCUUGUGGGUACCUGGUGGGGGAGAGUGACACCAUCACUGUGUCUCUCAAAGGUGUGUGUGUGCACAGCGAGGACAGCCUGGUGUUUGAGACUCUGAUCCCGCGUCCCAUCAUGCAACGCUUCGUGUCCCAGCUGCAGGAGCACCGCAGGAUCAUCCUAUCAGGGCCCAGCGGUACCGGCAAGAGCUUCCUGGCCAUCCGAUUGGCUGAGCACAUGAUCCAGAGGGAGGGGCAAGAGGUCAAGGAUGGGCUGAUCGCCACGUUCAACGUUGAUCACAAGUCUAGCAAGGAACUGCGCCAGUACCUGUGUAACCUGGCAGAGCAUUGUAACAGCAGGAGCCAGCAGCUUGACAGGCCCCUGGUGGUCAUCCUGGACAACCUUCACCACAUCCCAUCUCUGGGGGAGCUCUUCAAUGGGCUCCUCAGCAGCAAACACCAGCCCUGUCCUUUCAUAAUUGGAACGAUGAACCAGACUUCUUCUGCCACUCCUAACUUGCAGCUUCAUCACAACUUCAGGUGGGUGCUGUGUGCCAAUCACACAGAACCAGUGAAGGGUUUCCUGGGGCGAUUCCUGCGCAGGAAGUUGCUGGAGAUGGAGAUAAGCAGUCGUGUGCGAAACGGCGAGCUGGUGAAGAUCAUGGAGUGGAUCCCCAGAGUAUGGCUUCACCUCAACCACUUCCUAGAGACACACAGUUCCUCUGAUGUCACCAUUGGGCCCCGCCUUUUUCUGUCCUGUCCCAUGGAUGUGGGAGGGUCUAGAGUGUGGUUCACAGACCUGUGGAACUACUCCAUCAUCCCCUACAUGCUGGAGGCAGUCAGAGAGGGACUGCAGCUGUUUGGCCGAAGGGCGGGAUGGGAGGACCCCUCCCAGUGGGUGAUGGAGACUUUCCCCUGGAGCUCCAGCCCCCAGCAGCAGGCCUGCCCCCCCCUGCUCCAGCUGCGGCCACAGGACGUGGGCUUCGAUGGAUAUGCCCUCUCAAGCGACGGAUGCCCCAGCAUGCAGAGCCCCCAGAGAGACAAGGACACAGACCCACUGAUGAGCAUGCUGAUGAGGCUGAAGGAGGCGGCACACAGCUCUGGGCCACAGAGCUAUGACUCCGACUCCAAUAGCAAUGAUCACCAUGAUGACCCACAGCUGGACCCUUCUCUGGAGUCUUCGUUGUGAUUGGUGGAUUAAUCCCUCUUGCUGACAUAGUAGCAGCAUUUUAGGGUUAAAUACAGAGGUGUUCUUGAUAAGGCUCAAUCUGUACACUUACUAUUCCACUGCUAUCCCUGAACUGAAUAAACUUAAUCCAGUGCACCUUAUGAAAAGUCUAAAAGACAAACAGUCUGAGAUUUAAAUCCGAGACAUGAAAUACUGGAUAAUCGUGCACAUAUUGUCUCAAAAAGUUAAACAUAUUAUGUAAAUGUAGCAAUCUAUACUGAGGAUUCAAUCAAAUCUGCAUGGGGGAUCCCCAGGAGGUGCUGAUCAUCCCAGGAGAAACACACCUCUCUGGGUCCAUCUCAAAGAGGCCUUGCGCAUAUACCAGAGGUUGCCUGCACUAACACCACGGGAUAGCUGCAGCAAACGUGCAUUACAGCUAUAGACUGACAUGUUUCAGAAGCUGUGAGUUUUGGUUGUUAUCAGGUUCCCAGGCUAACUCAGAGAUGUUACUUGUUGCUUCAAUGGUGCUCCCAGGGAGUGAGAGAAGAGGAAGGGUCUAGGCGGACAAUGUCAGUGACUCAUUGACAUCUCUGCCUCAGUGUUUAUGUGUUUGAUUAAUUUGUGUUUCAACUGUCCAGCAGGGCAGGGAGGGUGUCUUCUGACUGUGUGUAGCACAAGGACUGAGAAAGAAGAAUCCUGCUGCACUGUGCUGGGAACACAUACCUAAUAGAGAAUUGAGUUUACAAUAGUACCUCACGGUCUUCCCAGAGGUCGCAGAAUUGUUGUGUGUAUCUCUCUUUCUGGUUUUGCUGAUAUUCCAGCAACUGACAUCUAUAUCACAGCUCCAGUGUAGAUUCAGAUCAAGGGUGCUGAGGAUAAUCCAAUUAGGCCCAUCGGAGAGGUCCACCUCUGGGCCAGGGAGAACUCCACGCUGGGCCAGAGAGAGAGGUCCACCAUGGGCCUAAGCUGCCCCUGAUAGCUUGCAUGUCCAGGGAGUCGCUCAGGGGAGUUAGCAGCUGUGUUCAUUAGCAUCAAGUGCUAAUGAGAUCUGGUGUGUUGCUGUAGGUCGAGUGACCAAGGCUUUCUUUCCUCAUAGCAUGGAGGGUUCUCUCAGAGGCUUAGGCAGAUGUGAGGUAACCCACCCCCCCCCCCCACCCCCAUGGGCUUGCCCCCCAGUCCUUAUGUUCCUGCUACGCAAACUCAGUGUUCUUGGAACAGAAUUCUAUGCAACAUGCAUUCUAGAACUUUAGACUGAUGCCAAAAAAGACUGGAGUGUUUAAGAUAGUUUUUCAAGUUAUUGAUGCCAAGAUGUGUUUUCCUGUAGGUCAGCCUGUGAACUGAUCUGUGAAUAAUUAGGUGGGUGUGUUUUCAGUGCUAGAGUAUGUGGUUGAUGCAAGAACAAAUAGAAAUGUGUGUUUGUGUGUGGGUGUUGAUGUUUUGUUUGUUUUUUACCACAGAGUUUGUAUAUUAAAAUGUGUAGCUGAAAGGUGAGAUAUUUCCAUCAUCCAGUUGUUGAUAAUCUAUGAUUAGUCUUUAAUAUGUCAAUUUUGGUCAUGUACAUUUUAAUUUUGUAAAGAUUAGAUCUAUUCCAUGUUUCAAUUACAUUUUCUAGCAGAACUAGUAUUUGUAACCAAAUGUACAGUUUCCAUCUCUUUUAAGUUGUUAUUCCUUGUCAAUUUAUAGGUUUCCUAAAUGAAGAAACUUUGUAAAUGAAUCUGACCUUAUAAUGAAUUACACAGUAGUCAUUGA